AUGUCCAAGUUUGAGUUGCCACCUCGAACUCGAGCAUCUUUGAGGGCUACUAAAACUGGGGCUGGUGGACUUACGAUAAAGGGUGUUACUUUGUAUGAGUUAGCCGUCAAGUUGCAAAAUUUGACCCACCAACUUGCAGAAUUUACUAGGCACUAUGUUGGUGUGGGUGAAGAGUAUCUGGGUUCAAGUUCACAGGAUCUAGAUUAUGACCCAAAUACAAACAUGAUAGAUGAGGAAGAUAAGGAUGAUUCGAAUAAUGAUGAAAGAGAUGAAUUAGUUUCGUUGUCUACAUUUAUAAAGCUAAAACCUCCAUCAUUCACUGGUUCCACAGUGGGAGAGGACCCAUGUAGAUUUUUAGACAUAAUGGAAAGGAUUUGUCGUGCUUUAGGAGCUUCAAGUACGAGGUCAGUAACAUUAGCUAGUUUCUGUUUUGAGGAUGUGGCAUAG